CCCUCGGUCGUCCCCACCGCCCCCCACCCCAGAUGUACUAUGCGGUUUCUCAGGCGCGUGUGAACGCGGCUCCCGCGACCAUGCUGCGGCCACAGCGGCCCGGAGACCUCGGGACCUCGCUGUACGAGCUGGUGGGUUACAGACAGCCACCCAUUUCAUCCUCCUCCUCCCCCUCCACAUCCUCCUCUUCGCCCACAGCGUCCCUCCUCCCCAAGGCUGCGCGCGAGAAGCCAGAAGCGCCUCUCGCUGAGUCGCUGGGAACCGCGCCGGAGUCCCGGGGCGCCCGGGCCGACGCCAAAGAGGAGCAGCAGCAGCAGCAGCAGCUGCGGCGCAAGAUCAACAGCCGCGAGCGGAAGCGCAUGCAGGAUCUGAACUUGGCCAUGGACGCGCUGCGCGAAGUCAUCCUGCCCUACUCGGCGGCGCACUGCCAGGGCGCGCCGGGUCGCAAGCUCUCCAAGAUAGCCACGCUGCUGCUCGCCCGCAACUACAUCCUGCUGCUGGGCAGCUCACUGCAGGAGCUGCGCCGCGCGCUCGGCGAGGGUGCCGGGCCCGCAGCCCCGCGCCUGCUCCUGGCCGGCCUGCCCCUGCUGGCCGCCGCGCCUGGCUCUGUGCUGCUGGCACCCGGGGCCGUGGGGCCCCCCGAAACACUGCGCCCCACCAAGUACCUGUCGCUAGCGCUCGACGAGCCACCGUGCGGCCAGUUCGCUCUCCCCGCUGGUGGCGCAGGUAGCCCCGGCCUCUGCUCGUGUGCGGUUUGCAAGUUCCCGCAUCUGGUCCCCGCUGGCCUGGGCCUGGCAGCGGUGCAAGCUCAGUUCUCCAAGUGAGGGCUGGCUGGGCCCGGGGCAGGGCGCGAUCUCAGCCAAUCUUCCCGCGCGCUCGCAUCCUGGGUCUAGGGAGAGCUGGACCCAAGAAGGAGGACAUUUCCAGACUUCUCUCCCAGACGACAGACUGUAGGGCGCCUUCCUCCCUGCCCCCACUCCCUAGCAAUUAAAGUGACCCAAGCGGGUGUUCAGAGGAGCGACGCAGUUGCUUGGGGUUCUAGAUGGAUCCCACCUGUUUAGAGCCAGAAGCCAUCGCAUCCUUACCUUAAGCUCACCCAGUGGCGGGCAUGAUCCCGGGUCUCUCCCAGUAGCCUUGGCACCGCGGGGCGGGCAGGAUGCUAGUCGGCAGAGCGGCACAGUCGGGCUGCCC